AUGAAGAUCGCUUCGUUUAAUGUUCGGAGGUUUGGACUGACAAAAGUCUCAGAUCCUGAUGUCCUGUCAGCUUUAGUUAAGGUAAAGCAUGUCUCAUUGGCGUUGUGUAGGCACAGGAUGUUUUGUUUAGCAAAGUCAAAGUCACAGAUGAGUAACUCAAUGGGACUUUGGGAGGGAGCUAAGAUGAAGAAACAUCAAACAGAUAUGUGACACUGUGAAGCAUAAACACACUGUAUGUUAUUCUCAUUCCUUUAUAAUUAUAGUUGUUUAAAAUGUCUCAUUUAUUUCCUGUUUUGUCUGCAGAUAGUGUCCCGCUAUGACAUCAUAGUGAUACUGGAGGUUGUGGAUGUGAGUGGGGCUUCCGUUCGACUCUUCCUAAAAGAACUCAACAGGUGAGUUUCAGUCUGUAUAUGUAUUUUUUUUUUUACCUGUAUGCACUCUUACUUUUUCAUCUGCCGUCUCAGAGUCAACUCCAGCCACCACUAUGCUCUGCAGCUCAGCACCCGCCUGGGCAGGAGCAGAUACAAAGAGCAGUUUUUGUUUCUGUACAGGUGAGAUCAAAUCUUAUCACUAGAAUUUUUUUUCUCUAAACAUUCACUCAAAAGCAUUUUUGCCCCACAUGAAAGGGAUGAUGUUGUCGAUCUGAUUGACUGCUAUCAAUAUGAAGACAACAACAUGGACAACAUGGAUGCAUUUGUAAGGGAGCCGUAUAUUCUCCACUUCAAACCACGCAACACAGGUAGGUCCCUUCAAAAACCAUUUUAAACUACGUUUAAGGUAUAUAAGUAGUUGUUGAGGAAUCAUAAAGCAGACUGAGUCAUGUCUGUGUAUGGCCAUGCUUGUUUUCUUCAGUUGAAUGAAUCCUACUCAUUGCGACAGGUGAUACAAAGGAGCACAGGGCAGGUUUAUCAAGUCAAGUCAGUCUGUGUCUGCUUUGUGUACCCACACCUUCCUAAAUACAUAUCCUGGUAGUGCAUUCUUACAGGGACCAGAUUUGUAGUUGAAUGAACUGUUUGGGUUGCAGUGCUAAAGGACAUAGUGCUGAUUCCAGUCCAUAGCACACCAUGGGACACAGAGAAAGAGCUGGACGAGCUGUACGAGGUCUUCCAAGUGGUCAAAGACAAGUGGAAAACUGAUGUGAGUUUCAUGAAUUCACCAUGAAGGAGUGCUAAAUUCAUUCCCAUAAAGUAUCAUCACAUCAGUCAAAAGCUUUUGAAUUAUAAUCAUCAUUAUAAUCAUAAUAAAGUCUUGAUUUAGGCCUCAAAAGUCACUGAGGAUUCCCGAAGUUUGAGUGAUAUCAUUAUACAGUUAAAGACAAUACUCAGUGAAAACAAUUGCAUGCUGAAGUGGUUUGAGAUAAGUAUGAAACAGUGAUUUCUCAUGCAGCUAAAUGGAUUUUUCUGUGUCUCAAGCAAGGCAAUGUACCGCUAUAUUACUAAAAUGGCCAUGUCUGAUUUCCACUAGAACGUUAUGAUCCUUGGAGAUUUCAAAGCUGACGGUAUACACGUGACAAGCAGAGAAAUGAUGGGCAUCCGUAUCCGUAGCGACAAGAAUUUCCAUUGGUUGAUUGGUGAUGAUGUGGACACGACUGCAAUCACAUCAAAUGAACACAGCUAUGACCGGCAUGUGCACAUAAAUCAUUUCCUUUUAUUACUUUCCAAAGAAAAUCCUUUGAUUAUUCAGAACAUGCCAAGAACUUUAAAUAAGAUAAAAUAACUGAAUUUAUUUACAUAUUUUUACAGGAUUGUUGUGUACGGAGAAGACAUGGUAGCAGCCAUUGUGCCAAACUCAGCCAAACCGUUCAAUUUCCACAAAGAGUUUGCAAUGACAGAAGAACUGGUUAGUCCUGCCUUAUAAUCAGCACUUUGUCCGCAUUCUUCCACUUGUUAAGCUUUUUUGCUGUCCUUCAAAUUUACAUGUCACGUCCUGCAGGCCCUGAGGGUGAGCGACCACUACCCUGUUGAGGUAGAACUGCUCAGCUCCUCUCCUUUCUGGAUGACAAAGAACCCCCAAACACACAACAACAACCAAACAUCAGUUAACAGAGCCGCCACAGGUAAAGAAGCAAAGCUGUAAUUUACUCUCUCUGGUCGCUGAUAGACAUCAUGUGAAGAAUUUGAGACAUCAGCUGACCUACUUCGACUUGAUGUUCGGCUCCUCUGACAUUUACAGGGUAAUGUUGCCUCUGUGAAUGACAGGGGUGAAAAAUGUUUGGUAUUUGGGAGUGUUCCCUUCUUCAACCAGAUUUCACACUUCACGUUGAAGGUUUUACUUUUGCCCUAUUUGUUCAAAGGCACAUGCUUUAAACCUCAAAUCUUAAGGCUUGUACCUCCCCCUAUAUAUCACUGGCUAGAGUGACGAAAUAUUGCAUUACAGUUUUUUUCAGGUUUGGUUUUGUGGGGUUGUUUGUUUCUUUGUAUGUUGCAAUGUCCUUCAAAGACCAAAACCACAUAUAAAGGGAUCUUACUGGCAUUGCCAAAUCAUAGUGCGGCCUUUUCUGUUUGUGUUGCAAAUAUUUGCAUGCAAUACAAAUGAAUUUGCAUCAAAGUUUGUGUCUUUCGCUAAUUAAUAUAUAUGAAGAGAUGUACACUGAUUGAACACUUUCCAUGAUUCUAUUUACAGGUGGUUUGAUGUCAGAUGUGUUGACACUGCAGAAGGAAAACCUCCUGUUGGAACGAGAAAAACUACAACUCCAGAUCUGCUUACUGAAACAGCGGGUUGCUACACUGCAGCCCAAAAAUAGCUAGAGGACUUUACACACAGAUGCUUUUACAGCGGUUUUUUAACUCUGUCAUCACAAUCAUGGUUAAGAAUUUGUACUGAUAAACAAAUAUGUUUUACACAACAUGUUGGCUUUUUGAGAUUAUUUGUUGUAUGGACUUCAAGGUAAAAAAGUGUAAUAUCAAAUGCAGUUUGCAUAGAUAGAUAGAUAGAUAGAUAGAUAGAUAGAUAGAUAGAUAGAUAGAUAGAUAGAUAGAUAGAUAGAUAGAUUUUCAUGAUGUAAUAAAACUGUUAGUUACUGUAAGACUUAAAACAACUGGAAAGUACUAAAACUACAUUAUAAUAACGUUUGAAGCCACUAUUUGUUAUUAAAGUGUGUUGCAUUCACGUAAACUUCGACUUUUAGACGUUUUCGGUGUAAAAGCGAGCUGCUAUUCACAAACGUUUCAGACUACUGUCAGGGAUAUAAAGAUACUUUUUUAAGGCGUAAUAUUGUAUUUUGACGUUUAUUUUAAUAUAAUAUGUAACAACAAGUCGGUGCUUAAGAUAUUAUGUUUACCUUACGUUUGUGCUGCGGUCGAGUCUUCAAAUUACCGACUCCUAGUGACAAGCGAAGUAGACACUCGUCACGUGACUACUGGACCUCUUCGACCACAACACCAAGCAGCAGUCGAGCAGCUUGUAAACAACUUGCAGGAAGGUGUGUCAGCACUCCAACUUUUCCCAAGCGUCGAUUGUGCAAACUCUGAAGCUUCACCGACCCAUCGCCAACCUGUCCGGCAGACAGGCCGCCUCAAUGCAUCACAGAGGACCGAAAACACCGCGGAGAUCAUGGAUGUGCACGAUUUGUUUAUUAGCUGCAGAAAGGGCGACAUUUGCAGAGUCAGGUAACCGACGUAUUCGCCUGUGGUGCUGUGGCUUGUUCGCCUGUGCCUGUGUCGAUUAAUUGUACGUACUUCCUGUCUUAUAAAAAGUAGAUUUCAUGUACUUUGCAGAGCUAAAAGCUAAGUGCAGUGUUUAGAGUGAGGUUACUCCGUAGACGGGUUGCUAACACUAGCUUUGAUGCCCCAGACGGGAACUACUGCUAACAGCGUUUGGAGGUCAGCUCCUUAGUUUCCAAAUUGACUCUUAAUUUGACUCUUAAUCUCUUAUAUGUAUCACACUGGUGUGUUGACAGUUUAGCUUUGUAAGUCACGCAGCCAACUGCGCAUAGACUGAUGAUAAAGAUGUCAAAUGAUCACUAUACAACAUAAGUGUUUCCAUGACAGAUGGGAUUGACAUGGUGUAAAAAAUCCUUACUCAAAUCCUCGUAGUCUUUUUGUAUACAGCCAUAUGGCUAUAUUUUAUGAUGCACCCACUGUUAUAACUUUCAACAUAGGGGAGAGUGGGGUAAGUUGAGCCACCCCCUGUUGCCUGGAAAUGGUAAAAGAAAUUGAUCAUGUGACCAAAUAUUUAGGAGAUAGGCAUCAAUUCAUGGAGUCUGUGAAGGUUAGAACCACAUGGGUGAAGGGGUUAGACAUUUAUUUAAAAAAUAAAACAUUUUUCACUCUUGAAAUUGAAUUUAGUCUGUCAUAAGUUUUAUUAGAAUUGUGUUCAGACCAAAUAAGAUCAUUUUAAAUUUGUUUUAGACAUCAAUUGUGGUAUCUAUGAGCUACAACAUGAGGUCAAAAACCUAGCACUAAAGUCCACCAUUUUAGUUUAAAGGACUAAUAAAGUCAUAAUAGUAGUUCAGGGGUAAGUUGAACCAGUGGUUCAACUGAGGAAGUAAAGGAGUCUGAUGAGAGGAUCAGAGUUUUAAGUUCAGAUUGUUAAAAUGUGUUACUUUUUCCUUUUAAAAAUACAGCUGUGAAUGUUCUGAAUCACAUUCUCAUGUUAAAAUGACUUUUUACAGCUUUUUAGCAGUUAUAUGCAAUAAUUAUAGAAACAGUUAGUGAACCAUGGUGAACUUACCCCAUACACGGGGUAAGUUGACCAUAGGAGAACACUUAUUUUUUGGCAUGCUAUAUUAUCAAGACAGUUAUGUUUACACUCAUUCUGUUGGUUUGCAGGGAUGCACAACAUCUUGAAAUAUAUGCAGAUACACUAGUUAGAGACAAAACUAAGAUUAACCUGAUGUAGUGAUCCGAAAUAUGAAAACUGGCUCAUCUUACCCCACUCUCCCCUACUGGUUGUCCAUCCCAUACAGUCAUGAUACUCUGGCUGGACUUCUUUGACCCAGUGUAAUCACCCCUGUGUUAUUCUUUUUAACUUAAAGGUACCUUGUUGAACAGAGGGACGUGGACCUCAAUGUAAGAGAUAAAUGGGACAGCACCCCAUUGUAAGUAUUGUUAAUUUAGGUUUCUUAUCUCUCAAGCUUACCAUUUUAAGUUGCAAGCAACCUGAAAUGUGAAUUUUUUUGUUUAAAGGUAUUAUGCCUGUCUAUGUGGCCAUGAGGAGCUGGUCCAGUACCUGUUGGCUAGUGGUAAGGCUGUAUUUUAACUGUAUGUUUUGUGUUUUAACUUUUAUGUCAAUUUAAUACUUAUAUCUAAAAAUAUAACAAAAUACAAAAUUUUUUAUGUGCAACAUUAAGAUUGCAAUGUUUAUCUAUUUAUUGCUUUAAGGUGCCAAGUGUGAAGCCAACACGUUUGAUGGUGAAAGAUGCAUGUACGGCUCUCUGAACGACACUGUCCGGCGUCUGAUCAAAGAUUAUAAAUGUGUCAGUGUCCGCGCCAUGCAGAGGGGGGAUUACAAUUAUUUUCUGCACACGUAAGGCUUAUUUCACUACAGAAAUAUGGAGGGCAUAAAUACAGCACACUCCCGUGUACAUAAUGUAAUCUGAACCUUAAUGACUUUUGCUGUAGGUUACUGGAGCAGGGUCAGCACAGUGAUGUCAAGUUCCUGGUGCAUGGCCAAAUAUUUACAGCCCACAGAUGUAUCCUCAGCGCACGCUCAGAGUACUUCACUGAAAUGUUUGAGACCAAGUGGAAAGGGAAGACCUUGAUCACUCUCAAACACCCCUUGGUAAAUGAUUAUUUCGGAGUAUUGAUCGUGCGCUGUAAUGCGUGUUUGGCAUUAUUUUUAGAUCCAGGUUUUUGAUACAUAACUAGACAGGUAUAUUUUUGCAUCUCUGUAUCUGUAUUGAUAAAGCAGUUUUAAUUUCAGAUCAACCCAGCAGCCUUUGGAGCCAUCCUGCAAUAUUUCUAUACAGGUGAGUUCGUUCGAUCUGCAAUUUACAGAUAAAUUUACAAAAGCUUCAAAUGUAUCCAUUCCUUUUCUUAAAACAAAACUCCAGCUAUCAUGCUAACUCUUGUCAACUUUGCAUGCAGUCAGAUCACUGCAAAUUUAAGACUUACAUAAAAGCUAUGAUUGCAAGAUCCCUAAUCCUCAUCUGUUUUUGUUAUUGCCACAGGACGAAUGGAUAUUGACAUUAGCCUUGUUGAGGACUCCAGACGACUUGCGAAACAGUGCAAAAUGGUUGAUCUCAUUGAAGAGCUGGAGAACAAGUGCAAGCAGGUGUAUGAAUUUGGUAAGACACAGCUUUAGGUUCAGGCUUACUCUUUAAUAUGCAGGUGUAAUACACUCAGUCUCAUUUAACCUUGACCCUUUUUAGAAGCCUAGGUGAAUUCUUUCCCAUGUGAAUGAAUCAAAAUUUCUCUCUUGUCUCUUAUUCCCCUUCUUUCUUCAUACUGAAGUCUCGAACAAACCAGGAGUCUGCGUGAAGGUUCUCAGUCUGGACUCUCACAGCUGUCAACUUCAGGAGGAGAUGGCUCAGUUAGCAGACUGUGCUCUUCCCACUGAGCUUCGAGUAAAGUCACCAUUGCAAAAACACUAUAUCUGUUUUUAUAAUAGAUUUCAGAAGCUUUUGAUUUUUACAGACUGUUUUUUUUCAUCUGCACAGGUUGGGUUUGGUGAACUUCCUUUCAAUAGAGUCGAUCGCUUCCCGACUUACCCUGAUAUCUGCUUCAGAGUCAAUGAUUUGAAUUUCCUGUGUCAUAAGGUACAGUAAAGUAAAGUCACACAACAGUCCCUAAUCACGAGAAAGACCCUCAUCAAUCCUCUCACCGAAACUCCUGUUUCAUUUCUUAAUAUUGUGUGUGUCUGCAGGCGUUUUUCGGUGGACGUAGUGAUUACUUUAAAGCCUUGCUGGAAGACCACUUCAGUGAGGGGGAACAGCUGCAGUCUCAUCCCAGCACCCCUGUGAUUACUCUACAUAAUAUUACCCACGAAAUAUUUACUCAUGUCAUGUAUUACAUCUACACAGAUGACACAGAGGUAUGUUCAAAGUUUCUGGUGUAAUUUUAUAAACGUAUUUCCUUUUGAUUGGGAACAUAGUUGACAUCCAGUAGCACAGUUGACUGUCAAGCUACCAGCCCACACCCCCUUUUCCCCUGAGGAAUCACCUUUACAGGCCACUUUAUGACAGGAAAACAGGUUUCCUGAUUGUACACAAGAACCACAAAAAAAGAGCAAAUAUUUCCUGUGUGCUGUAAAUUAUGUUAAUUUACACAACUCUUAAACCGACACAAAUAUCUCCCAUAAUUAAAUUUAUCUGUAGGAUUCCACUCACAGUUUAUUUAGAAUUGCUUUGUUCGUUUCACAUUAGUUAUAACAUAAUGUUAAUGUAACUGUAGAUUUAACAGCUAGUAUGUGAGCAAGAGCUGUGGCUUGUAUUGAUGAACAUGGAGCAGUAUUGUUUCAGUAUUUAGAGAUUUAAAUUCUUUUCUGCUUAUUAUUAUUAUAAUUGUUGUUAUUGGUAGUAGUAGUAGUAUUAGUAGAUGUAACUACUAUGAUUUAGUUCCACAUCAUGUUUUCAUUUGUCAGCUGACUAGACUUUUUUUUUUCAUGCAGCUAACAGCAGACGACGUCUUCGAUGUGCUGUGUGUGGCCGACAUGUAUCUGCUGCCGGGUCUAAAACGUAUUUGUGGGAAGACUCUGGCCAAGACUAUAUGUGAGGACAACGUUCUUUGCAUGUGGAAGACGGCCAAGCUUUUCCGUCUCUCUCGUCUGGAGGAUCAGUGCACAGAGUUUAUGGCCAAGAUCAUUGAUCGGGUAUGUCUGGAAACAUAUUUAUAAAUCACUUAAUGCCUAGCUUGGUAUUGAGACUUGAAGCAACUGCUAUUUGUAGUUCUCACUUUUUAGUUCUUGUGCGUAUAAAUCAUGUAAUAUGAAACUAUGAUGGCCCUUUUGGUGAUUUUGGUCAACUACACUUACGCUUAUGCUUACGCUUACGCUUACCUGUAUACCUGUCCGACUUCUCUGUCACAGCUGGUGGAGCAGGCUGAGUUUGCUGAGAUCGUCAAAGAAGAUGCGGCAUCAGUGGAGGAGCGACAUGAGACAGACUCUGUGCCCCUUGUAGACGAGAUCCGCUAUCACAUUGCCAGCAACGUGCAAACGUACAGUGCAAUUGAGGAGGCCAACCAGAAACUGGAUGCCUUGGAGGAGCUUCUCUGCAGCAUUAAUAUUGACUGCUAAAGGGUUGGAAUGUUGUGACGGAGUUUAAUGUUUUUUGUUUUUUUUUAGAUGGAUUAUAAUUUGAGGGAGAGAAAACAUACGUCUCUAUGGUUGUUGGUUUUAUUUAAUUACAGUAUAUUGUACAGAAUAUACAUAUUUUCAGUUGGGUGUGAGUGGAGCACAUUUGGUCUUUCUGUUGGCCGUUAUAUGUCUCUGAGUGAGGCAGAUCAAAUGUAAGACAAAAUAUUGAUUUGCUUUUGUGCAAAAGAUGGUGUUAUUCAUUUUCAUCAGAAUACUAUAGAUUGGCACGUGCAUGAAAAUGUUUUAGUCAUUAUUAUAGUUUUAUUCUCUACAAUACUAGCUAUUUAACUGUUUUAAAAAUUUACCCCAACCAAAUUUAUGACUAGCACUCACAAUGAAUCUCAUUAAACUUUUGAUGUUUUGUUUAAAGGAAGUGAAAAGCAUUAACACGUACUUGACAAGGAUGAUGAAAGAUGAACUCAGUAUUUGUUAACGUUAAAUAUCUAGAAAUAUUUUUUAACCCUUGUGUGGAUUUACUCAAAUAUAAUUUCAUGAUAUAUAUAUCAUGCCUAGAAAGCAAGCGACUUUUGGUUUGGGAGAUUUAUGAGAGAUGAUACCAGAACUUUGUUUAAUGUUAGACAUGUACAUUCCUUCACCUCUCAUCCUUAUACGAAUCCCUCUUUGAAAUAUUUCAGUUGUGGAAAAACAAACAAAAAAAAACCUUGCUGCCCUGUAUGAAAGCUUAUUUCUUUUUGUCAUGUGUGUGCACAAGAAAAAUAAAGCUGUUAAAAAAACACAUGAAUGUGCCAACAUA